AUGUCGCUUCGUGCCUCGACGCUAAAUGCCGCCACGCUGCUCGAAGAUAGCUCGAUAUUUUCCCCCAGGAGAUUCUCCCCGAACUCACAACUCCCGAACACGCUCAAAAAAAAGAAAAAAAUCCCCGCUAUGGAGCCCGCUGCCGUCGCGGUGCGCCGGCUGCACGAGGCGGUCGGCCGCCUCCCGUAUUUGCCGCUCCCGACAACCGCCGCGCUCGACGACCUGGAGCGCGCGCAGACCGACCCGACCCUCGCUCGCGAGUGGGCGGACCACGCGGCAACGGUUCGGCCAGUGCUGCACGAGCACGUGGUGCCACUGCUCGAGUCCUUUCUGUGCACCAAGCAGCGUCUCGGGAGUGCGGUCGAGCGACGGCUCUACGCCGACAUGGCACCGGCGGCCCUCCUCGACCGCAUGCUCCGCUGCCGGCCGCUCGCGUUUCUGAACGCGUCGGACGACUACCGCCUUCGAGACGGCGUGACGCAAGGCUCGGGAGGCUUCGAGAGGAUCGGCACCGCGGACGAGGUCGCUGGCCCGCUCCGCCUCGAGCAGCUCAUGUCGUACGACGAGAUGGCCAUCGCCGCCCUCCUCUCCGUCGCUCUGCUCAUGCCGGUCAUCACUGGUGAGUCAUCAAAACUGGCAAUGGACAAUAGGACGGGCGUGUACGUCGGCGUCAUCGGCGCGCGGUACGAAAAGGCGCCGCCCACCCACGCGCACCGGGCCGAGCGGCGGGAGCUGCUCGCGGCGUGGGCGCGGCUCUACGGGCGAGAGCACCUGCCGACGCGGGAUCACUUGCCAACGUACGAUGAGGCGGUGUCAAGGCGGAAGACGGAGCCGGACGCCCUCCUGCAAGUGCGGCAGCACCGCUUCUUUUUGCGCAGCGAUAUGUCGUUUCUGAGCCGGACGCCUUCCUUCAAGUCCAUAUGCAUCGACCCCUUUUUGCGGGAGGCGAGCGACCGCGCCAAGGAGAAGGGCGCCAAGGCGUACGCGCACGUGGUGGGGCUGGGGCUCGGCGUGUGGAUGGCGACGUUGAUGGUGCAAGCCUUCGAGGCGGCGCUGCAGGAGCUCCACCCCGCAAAAAGAAAGACAGAAGACAAACGCCGCAAGGGAGGACGGCUCGCUGCCAUCACACAGGGAGAGCUCGCACCGCAGCUGGAGCACAUCGACACGCUCGACUUCUCCUGGUUCCCGUCGGAGUGCAAGGAGGCAACGUCGCUCCGCCACGGCGCGGGCUGCGGCGCGGUCCGCCAGGUCCUCUUCUCGAACCGCAACCCGGCGGCGCGGCUGCCGUCCUCCGAGCAGCCGUUGCUGCUGGUGGCCAUGUACGCGUGGGACGGCAAUGCCUACCCCGGCAACGAGUACUGGCUCGGCUCCCUUGCCGCGAGCGGCGACCCGGCCGCCGCGUGCUGCUCGGCGAUACCGCUGCUGCAGAACCCCGAGGUGAACGACGCGCUGAAGGGCGGCGCCACCGUGCUGCACCCCUCGGGGCGCCGCGUCGAGGGCGGGGUCUAG